CUUGAAAAUGAUAUUUACCCUGAUGUGGGUCUUUAAAACUAAACAACAGCUUCAAGUCUUACUAAAGAAAAUACUGAUCUAAUGUUUCGUCUUAUAUGUUUUCAGUAUUUUAAAAGUUCUUAUUUUGUCUCUGAUCAGAGUCUCGAGUUGAGGAAGUCUAUGUUCGUCAGAGAGACAUAAACUGGACAGAAGAGGAGAGACUGAAAAUGGAGGAAUCUGCUCUGCUGACCGAAUUAAAGGAGGAGAGGUUUCCUGGACCUGUACUGAAGAACUUAAUGAGCUUAACUGAAGAAAAGAGAGCAGAGGAGGAAAAGCUGAAGAGAGCUGAGACUGAACUGGAGAACACAGCCGAACAAACACACAGUAAAAAACAAGAACUAAAAGAGAGAGAGACCAUCAGAGAGAUCAGUCUGGAGAUCAGAGAGAUGCAGGAAAGAAGAGUGAGAGAAAGAGUGGAGAUGAGACAAAGAGAGGAAGAGGAGAUCAGAGGAAAGAUGAGAGCUGUUGUGGAUGAUUUGAGGAGCUCAGAGGAACCAGUUAGAAAGAUAAAGGAGAGAAUAAAACAGCAUGAAAAACAAAAAGAUGAAUGUAAGCGAAAGUUAUCAGAGGAGAGAAAUGAGGAGAAGAGGAGAGAGCUGGAGAGAGAAGUGAAGAGAGAAGAAGAGCAGAUGAAGGAGGCUGAAGAGGAGCUGAAGAGGAUGCAGGAGGAGAGGAGGAUGAUGGUGAAGAAGCUCAGACUGGAGAUGGAGAUCAGAGAGAAGAGUGCAGUAAAAGCAGAUACACACUUCAUAAAGUCCAUCCUGCCUGAGUUCCAGCAGAGUGUUCAGACUCUUAUGAGCAAGAAACAGAAAGAGUUUGAUAGAGAGAUGAAUGAAAAAGAGAGAGAGAUAGAAACACUGAAACUAAACCUCUCAGAGAUGGAGAAAGAAAAAGAAAAGCAACUAGAAGAGAGAAAAAGGACUUUAGAAGAGAAAAACAGACAACUUGAACAAAAAUACACUGAAUUAGAAGAACAUACAAAAACAAUAGAGAACAAAAAUAAAACAAUAGAUGAGAAGAAUGAACUGCUGAGAGAGAAAGAGACUCUACUGGAGAUCACAGUGAAAGAGGAGGAAAGCAGUAAAAAGCAGCUGGAGACUCUGAGAAAGGAGCUGCAGGACAAGAGCAGCAAACUACAGGAGAUGAUGAUCCUACUGGAACAACAGAAAACUGAAGUGAGUGAAAAAGACAAACAGCUUGAAGAGAAGGAGAGACUUCUAAGUGAGAGAAACACACAGCUAAAGGAAAGAGACAAGCAGGUUGAGGAGAAAGACAGACUUCUAGAGGAGAGAAACAAGCAGCUGCAGGAGAGAACAGAUCCAGACUCAGCAGCUCCAGCCAGGAGGAGAAACAGCAAAGAGUUAGAGCCUCCACUCUUCAGUGGAGAGACUCCAGACUCAGCAGCACCACUCAGGAGAAGAAACAGUAAAGAAGGACUUCAUCCAGAUAUGAGUGGAGAAUCCACUAGUUCAGCCUGUCCAGAGUCAGUUCCUGUAGCAGAGCUCAGGCUGGUGCUGCUGGGGAGGACUGGAUGUGGGAAGAGAGCAGCAGGAAACACCAUCCUGGGCAGAGAGGAGAGGAGCCAGGCUGGAGCGUCUACAGUGAGGCAGCAGAGUGAGAGCAGACAGGGGGAGGUGGCUGGGAGGCAGGUGACUGUGGUGGACACUCCUGACUGGUUCGGUCCUGGACUCUCUCUGGAGGAGCUGAGACAGGACGUGGGACUCUGUGUCCGUCUGUCUGCCCCAGGACCCCAUGCCUUCCUCCUAGUCAUACCAGUGAAGCAGUCUACAGGAGAGGAGAGAGGCAUGCUGGAGAAAAUGGAGGAGAUCUUUGGAGAGAGAUGUUGGAGGAACACCAUGAUCCUUUUCACUGUUACUGAUGAAGUCCAAGAGAAGAACAUUGAAGAGUUUAUCCAGUCAGGAAACCAGGAGGUGCAGAGACUUGUAGAGAAAUGUGGGAACAGGUUUCACUGUCUCAGCAUUAAGGAGAGUGGAGAUGGUUCUCAAACCUCAGAGCUGCUAGAGAAGAUAGAGAAGAUGGUGAAAGGAAACAGAGAGAAAUUCUACAGCAGUGAGAUCUACCUGGAGACAGAAUCUCAGAUCAGAGCAAUAGAGAGAAAAAUCAUGAAGGAAAGAGAAGAAAAGAAGCUACAAGAAGAAAGAGAAAUGAAAGAAAAACUUCAAAAGGAGGUGCAGAACUCUUUGAGAAAGAUAGAGAGAGCAGUACAAGAACAUGAAGGAGAGAUAAAACAAUUGAAUGACCGAACAACUGAGCUAGAGAGAAGAAUGAAAGAAGAGAGGGAUGAAGAGAAAAGGAGAGAACUGGAACGAGAGCUAGAAAGAGAGUUCGAGCGAAGAACAGAAAUGGCGGAAAAGGUGAAGAGAUUAAAAGAAGAGAGGAGAGAGAUGGAGGAGAGACACAGACAGGAGAUGGAGGAGAUCAGGGAGACGUAUGAAGGAGAAGCCAGAAUGGAGGCAGAGAGGAACCUCAUGAAGAUCAUCCUGCCUGAACUCCAGAGAAACAUUUUGGCCUCAAAGUCAAAGAUGAAGGAAGAGUUCAGCAGACAGAUGGAGGAGAAGGAUGGAGAGCUGGAGAAACUGAAACAAAGCCUCUCAGAGCUCAGAGAGACUCACUCACUUCUGGAGGAGGUUUAUGAGAGAACUGUGAGGAGCAGCUCAGACUCAGAGAGAGCAGCUGCAGCAGCAGAAGGGGGGUCUAAGGGAAUCUCUCAGAGGUUCAGGGAUUGGUUUUAGUGAUGUACUCAGAGGUUCAUCCUUACAGAAAAGAGGUUCCUCAGUCAGCUGUGAUGAUCAUGGAGAAACAGCAUCAGGUGAAGAAGUACAUAAAGACAGUUUAGAGGAAUGUUAAAGUGGUUUUGCUCUAGAAAAGAUUGUUUUGCUGAGGGACUUUAUGAAGGAAGAGAAAUAA